CUGUCCGCACGUGCAAUAAAGUUUUGAUUGUGUAGUGCAAAAAUUCGAAUUUCGUCAAAUGCCAUUUUACAUGUAGUGGCCUACACCAAAAAUGGCAACAAAAAGUCCCGCUAAGGUUAAAUUUGCUCCACCUAAUAAAUUAUGUGAGGUUCAUUCAAUAAUAACGUGGUCCUAUGCAUAUCAGGAAGCCAGGAAAGGGCCAUGGGAAAUGCAUGCAAGAGACAGAGACAGGUUUCGUUUGAGAAUCUUCCGGGUGGAACAAAGCAUUAAGCAUAUUUUUGAUCAGGAGCACAGGACUAGAAUUUAUAAAGAGAGGUUUCAGAAUGAAUAAAAAUAAUUUUAAUUUACUUUUAUUGGUUAGCGUCUAUAUUUUAUUAUCGGUUUUAGAAUAAUAAAUAUUUGUAAAUA